AUGGGACGACUUGGUAUGGAACGACUUGGUAUGGGAAAAAUUGGUAUGGGACGACUUGGUAUGGGACGACUUGGUAUGGGACGACUUGGUAUGAUACUUGAUAUGGGACGACUUGGUAUGGAACGACUUGGUAUGGGAAAAAUUGGUAUGGGACGACUUGGUAUUGGACUUGGUAUGAAAAGACUUGGUAUGGGACGACUUGGUGUGGUACGACUUGGUAUGGGACGACUUGAUAUGGGAAUACUUGGUAUGGGACUUGGUAUGGGACGACUUAGUAUGGGACGACUUGGUAUGAUACUUGGUAAGGGGCAUGAUAUUGGACUUGGUAUGGAACUUGGUAUGGGACCUGAUUUGGGACUUGGUAAGGGACAUUGGUUGGGAAUUGGUGUGGGGCUUGGUAAGGGGUAUGGCUUUGGACAUGGUAUUGAAAUUAGUAUGGGAUUUGGAAUGUGA